CAUGCUCACAUGUUACUUCCUGUAUGGAGGCAUGGCCAGUUUCCAGCCCCGCGCUCCGCUUUCCUCCCCAGCCUGCACCGGAGCCACAACUUUCAGGAGCAUGGACUGAAGGCGCCCUCGCCUCAGCGCCCCUCUGAGAUCCUUUGUAUUUUCCUCCGUUUCCUCUGGCGGUUUCUAUUUUGGGGGGCUCGUCGCUCCCCCCGCCUCUCCCCUCCCCUUCCCCGCUCGCAAACAUGCCUCCUUCCUUCCCGGGGCCCUGGAAGGAGCUGCCUGCCUGAAGCCCAGAGACGCUGCGCCGCGCUCAGCCCAGUCGCUGCGCUGCCGACUCAAGUUGGGGAUCCUCGGCUGGUCGCCGCCGCCGCCACCCGCGGUCUCUGCCCGCCCGGGGCCCCAGGCAUCGCAGCCGUCCGCCGACUCCUCGCCCUGCCCGCUCGACUUGCUGCCUUUUGAACAGAAAGCAGCCUUUCUCCGCCGAAGAUCGUUCCCAGCGUGGCUCCGCGUUCCCGGUCACUUUUUGAGAUUUUUUCCGGGGGACGCCCGGCGUCUUCCCGGAUUCAGGGGGGACUCGGGCCGCGCAGCGUAGGGGGCCCGUGGAGUGGGUGAGCACGGGGAGAGCCGGGUUUAGCGGAGGCUCGCACGGAGGCAAGAACUUAUUCAACAAGUUUACCCCCCCCUGCCUUUCUCUUUUCGAUGUGCGUUUUCGGACAUGCGGAGGUUACUGGAACCGUGUUGGUGGAUUUUGUUCCUGAAAGUCACCAGUUCUGUGCUCCAUUAUGUCGUGUGCUUCCCCGUGUUGACUGAAGGCUACGUGGGGUCCCUGCACGAUAACAGACACAGCAGCUCGGCGCAGAUCCGCAGGCGCAAAGCCUCAGGCGACCCUUACUGGGCCUACUCUGGUGCCUAUGGUCCUGAGCACUGGGUCACAUCAAGUGUGAGCUGUGGGGGCCACCACCAGUCUCCAAUAGACAUUUUAGACCACAAUGCACGUGUCGGAGAAGAAUACCAGGAACUGCAACUUGAUGGCUUCGACAAUGAGUCUUCUAACAAGACCUGGAUGAAAAACACUGGGAAAACAGUUGCCAUCCUUCUGAAAGAUGACUAUUUCAUCAGUGGCGCUGGCUUGCCUGGCCGAUUCAAAGCUGAGAAGGUAGAAUUUCACUGGGGCCACAGCAAUGGCUCUGCUGGCUCUGAACACAGCAUCAACGGGAGGCGGUUUCCUGUGGAGAUGCAGAUUUUCUUUUACAAUCCAGAUGACUUUGAUAGUUUUCAAACAGCGAUUUCUGAAAACAGAAUAAUCGGAGCCAUGGCCAUAUUUUUUCAAGUCAGUCCAAGGGACAAUUCUGCGCUGGAUCCUAUUAUCCAUGGGUUGAAGGGCGUCGUACAUCAUGAGAAGGAGACUUUCCUGGAUCCUUUCAUCCUCCGGGACCUCCUGCCUGCAUCCCUGGGUAGCUACUACCGCUAUACGGGUUCUCUGACCACCCCACCGUGUAGCGAGAUCGUGGAGUGGAUAGUUUUCCAGAGACCUGUCCCCAUCUCUUACCACCAGCUCGAGGCUUUUUAUUCCAUCUUCACCACGGAACAGCAAGACCACGUCAAGUCGGUGGAGUAUCUGAGAAAUAACUUUCGACCAAAGCAAAGGCUGAAUGACAGGGUGGUGUCCAAGUCAGCUGUCCACGAUGCCUGGAACCACGACAUGUCAGACUUCUUAGAGAACCCACUGGGGACAGAAGCCUCUAAAGUUUGCAGCUCUCCACCCAUCCACAUGAAGGUGCAGCCCCUGAACCAGACGGCCCUGCAGGUCUCCUGGAGCCGGCCCGAGACCAUCUACCACCCACCCAUCAUGAACUACAUGAUCUCCUACAGCUGGACCAAGAAUGAGGACGAGAAGGAGAAGACUUUCACCAAGGACAGCGACAAAGACUUGAAAGCCACCAUUAGCCAUGUCUCACCUGAUAGCCUUUACCUGUUCCGUGUCCAGGCCGUGUGUCGGAAUGACAUGCGCAGCGACUUCAGCCAGACGAUGCUCUUUCAAGCAAAUACCACUAGGAUAUUCCAAGGGACCAGAAUCGUUAAAACAGGAGUGCCCACAGCGUCUCCUGCCUCCUCGGCAGACAUGGCCCCCAUCAGCUCCGGGUCUUCUACAUGGACAUCCUCGGGCAUCCCCUUCUCAUUUGUCUCCAUGGCGACUGGGAUGGGCCCAUCCUCCAGUGGCAGCCAGGCCACCGUGGCCUCAGUGGUCACCAGCACACUCCUGGCCGGCCUGGGGUUCAGCGGCGGCAGUAUCUCCUCCUUCCCUAGCACCGUGUGGCCCACCCGCCUCCCGACAGCUGCCUCUGCCGGCAAACAGGCCGUGAGACCCGUCCUCGCCACCACAGAGGCCUUGGCUUCCCCGGGCCCGGACGGUGAUUCGGCACCCACCAAGGACAGCGAGGGUGCGGAGGACGGGAACAAGGAUGAGAAGAGUGAGAGUGAGGAUGGGGAGCGGGAGCAUGAGGAGGAGGGAGAGAAGGACUCUGAGAAGAAGGAGAAGAGCGAGGGGACCCACGCUACCCAAGAGCGGAGCCAGACCGAGCCUGCCCCCACCCACUCAUCUCCCAGUAGAACUGCCCAGAAGGGCGGGCAUCAGACUAUACCUGGGCGCAACCACAGUGCUGGCCCCACACACCGGCCCGGUGACACAAAGGAUGUUGAUCCAGGCCUGGACCCCGAUUCGGUCACCUCCACCCAAGUGCCCCCCACAGUCACAGAGGAACAUUAUGAAGGGAGUGAGCCCAAGAGGCCAGAAAUGCCCUCGAAAAAGCCUAUGUCCCGAGGGGACCGAUUUUCCGAAGAUAGCAAAUUUAUCACUGUAAAUCCAGCAGAAAAGAAUACCUCUGGAAUGAUAAGCCGCCCUUCUCCUGGGAGGAUGGAGUGGAUCAUCCCUCUGAUUGUGGUAUCAGCCUUGACCUUCGUGUGCCUCAUCCUUCUCAUUGCUGUGCUAGUUUACUGGAGAGGGUGUAACAAAAUAAAGUCCAAGGGCUUUCCCAGACGUUUCCGUGAAGUGCCUUCUUCUGGGGAGAGAGGAGAGAAGGGGAGCAGAAAAUGUUUCCAGACAGCUCAUUUCUAUGUGGAAGAUAGCAGUUCACCUCGGGUGGUCCCCAAUGAAAGUAUUCCUAUUAUUCCUAUCCCGGAUGACAUGGAAGCCAUUCCUGUCAAACAGUUUGUUAAACACAUCGGUGAGCUCUAUUCUAAUAACCAGCAUGGUUUUUCGGAGGAUUUUGAGGAAGUACAGCGCUGUACAGCCGAUAUGAACAUUACUGCAGAACAUUCCAAUCACCCAGAUAACAAGCACAAAAACAGAUACAUCAACAUUUUAGCAUAUGAUCACAGUAGGGUGAAGUUAAGACCUUUACCAGGAAAAGACUCUAAGCACAGUGACUACAUUAAUGCAAACUAUGUCGAUGGUUACAACAAAGCAAAAGCUUACAUCGCCACCCAGGGACCUUUAAAGUCUACAUUUGAAGAUUUCUGGCGGAUGAUUUGGGAACAAAACACUGGAAUAAUUAUCAUGAUUACGAAUCUUGUGGAAAAAGGAAGGCGAAAAUGUGAUCAGUAUUGGCCAACAGAGAACAGUGAGGAGUAUGGAAACAUUAUUGUCACACUGAAGAGCACAAAAGUACAUGCCUGCUACACAGUUCGUCGUUUCUCCGUCAGAAAUACAAAAGUGAAAAAGGGCCAGAAGGGGAACCCCAAGGGUCGCCAGAAUGAAAGGGUGGUGAUCCAGUAUCACUACACGCAGUGGCCGGACAUGGGCGUUCCCGAGUAUGCCCUCCCCGUGCUGACCUUCGUGAGGCGAUCCUCAGCAGCCCGGAUGCCAGAGAUGGGCCCCGUGUUGGUACACUGCAGUGCUGGUGUGGGCAGGACAGGCACUUACAUUGUAAUAGACAGCAUGCUGCAACAGAUAAAAGACAAAAGCACAGUUAAUGUCCUGGGAUUCCUGAAGCAUAUCAGGACACAGCGCAACUACCUCGUCCAGACUGAGGAGCAGUACAUUUUCAUCCAUGAUGCCUUGCUGGAAGCCAUUCUUGGAAAGGAGACUGAAGUAUCUUCAAACCAGCUGCAUAGCUACGUCAACAGCAUCCUCAUACCAGGAGUAGGAGGAAAGACACGACUGGAAAAACAAUUCAAGCUGGUGACACAGUGUAAUGCAAAGUAUGUGGAGUGCUUUAGUGCUCAGAAGGAGUGUAACAAGGAAAAGAACAGAAACUCUUCAGUCGUGCCAUCCGAGCGUGCUCGAGUGGGUCUUGCACCGUUGCCUGGAAUGAAAGGAACAGAUUACAUUAAUGCUUCUUAUAUCAUGGGCUAUUAUAGGAGCAAUGAAUUUAUUAUAACCCAGCAUCCUCUGCCACAUACUACGAAGGAUUUCUGGCGAAUGAUUUGGGAUCAUAAUGCACAGAUCAUUGUCAUGCUGCCAGACAACCAGAGCUUGGCAGAAGAUGAGUUUGUAUACUGGCCAAGUCGAGAAGAAUCCAUGAACUGUGAGGCCUUUACCGUCACCCUUAUCAGCAAAGACAGACUGUGCCUCUCUAAUGAAGAACAAAUCAUCAUCCAUGACUUUAUCCUUGAAGCUACACAGGAUGACUAUGUCCUAGAAGUUCGGCAUUUUCAGUGCCCCAAAUGGCCUAACCCAGAUGCCCCCAUAAGCAGUACCUUUGAACUGAUCAACGUCAUCAAGGAAGAGGCCUUAGCAAGGGAUGGCCCCACCAUUGUUCAUGAUGAGUAUGGAGCAGUGUCAGCAGGCAUGCUGUGUGCGCUUACCACCCUGUCCCAGCAACUGGAGAAUGAAAAUGCUGUGGAUGUUUUCCAGGUUGCAAAAAUGAUCAACCUUAUGAGGCCUGGAGUAUUCACAGACAUUGAACAAUACCAGUUUGUCUAUAAAGCAAUGCUCAGCUUGGUCAGCACUAAAGAAAAUGGAAAUGGCCCCAUGACCAUGGACAAAAAUGGUGCUGUUCUGAUUGCAGAUGAGUCAGACCCUGCUGAGAGCAUGGAGUCUCUAGUGUGACCGGACUAGUGAAAGGGCACUUAAUUUGUAAGACUUCUGAAGACUGAGAACUUCUUUGAGGCCUUUUUUGCCAGACUCUAGGUUAUACAAUAACCCAGUUACUUUUUUACACUGAUAAAAGUUUUGAUAUUUAUUUUUUGCCAUUUUAUGUCUUAAUGGUAUCCUACUGAGCAUUUGCACCUCUGUUCAUUUCACACAGUGAAAACAGUUUUACCUAGUUUGCACUAUAUGAUCAGUGUUACUGCCUAUAACCUAAUACUAGAGCAAAACCCUGAUGUGACAUUCCAUGACAACACACAUGCUAUUUUUUAGUUCAGUACAGUGAAUGUCUUGGUUAUGACAGUGAAUCUCGAUUUUGUUGUUGUUAUUAUUAUUAUUAUUGCUAAGCAGCUGCAUUCUAUGAGCAGGCAAUGCUGUGCUUUUCUCAGUCCUGUUUUUUAGGCACUAGUCAAUACUGUGUGUGUUCUGUACUUUAAUAGAGUGGACGAGCGUUAUUUUCAAAAAUAGGUUAUCAGGAGCUACUCAGAGGGUCUAUCAACCACAUGGCCUUGAAACAGUUCUUUUUAUGAAGGAAGAAACCCAUUAUGAAAUUAGAAAGCUUCUGAUUUGUUUCACUUGAACAUCACUUAUUAGUUACAGAAUUAUAUUCAUAGCUAAAAUAAUGCCCAAUUGUGUCAAAAUAAAGGAUAUCUCUGUAUUACAGUUUUCACAGUAGCUAUGUGGAGAGUGUGUGUUAUUUCCAUUGUGACUCUAUGAAAUAGCUACACCUUAAAACCAGGGCUAUCUUUUACAACAGAGAUUGGCAAUAUUUUACAAGACUGAGUUACGAAACCCUUUAGUGGCUCUCCACUAAUGCUUCCUGGCUUAAUAUCUCACAACAGGUGGGGGAAAAUUUUCACAGGUGCAUAGUUUCAAACAAGUCCUCUAACUAUCCCUACUGCUCAUACAACAAUCUAAUUUAAAAAACAAACAAAAAAAACCCAACUACCUAUAUAGUUAACAUUCUUUUCUUUCCUUUUUUGUCUAAUAUUUAAUGAUAAAUCUCAGUUACAUACAUUCUACUACCAGGAUUGAAAUACUGUUUUAUCAAAAGUCUUGGGACUAUUGAAACUCCCAAACAUGGACAAAUGUGAUUUGCAAAGAGAAAAAUUUUAAUCCUGAAAGAUGAUACUGACAUUUUCAACACUUUUCAAAAGAGGGAGAUGACUAUAUGCUUUCUUAUUACCUAGCGUGAGGGAUAAUUACAGAAUCCAAGAAAGUUAUUUGGUCUAGCAUUGAGCAAUAGUCAUCCUGAAGUAGUACAUAAUGGCAAAAUUAUGAACACUCAAAUUUCGGUUUAGUUAGAAACAUACUCUACUCACUGAGACUGCUUUCUCCUAUUGCAUAUCUGCUUUGGAAGGGCAACUUGUCAGUUUUCUGCUCAUCACUACCAGAACUGGGCCUAUUAAGAAAAAAGGGUUUUGCUUAUUUUGGGGAGAUUAAUAAACUCCAACAAAAUAUCCACACUGGCUACUAUUGUACUCAGCACUGAUGUUCUGUUUAUCUUGAAUUGGGUUUCUAUAAAGUUGCAGAGUGGUGCUGAAGGACCAAAACUGCUAAGGAGAGAGGCUGCAGGCCAAGUCCCACAGUUCCACACAUACACUUAGUCAGUGGAAUGCUCAUGAGCUAUAUGUGACUUAUUAGAGGUAAUCUUAUCUUUUCAUCACAGAUUCAGCAACAGAGAGUCCUUCACUUUCAAAGCCACGGAGGCUAAGCUUUAGAAAAGAUGUGCCGGUUUGCUAAGUUGUAUGUGCUAGAUAACACAGAUAUUUUGUCAGCCCCUCUCUUUCAGCAGAAAUGACACAAGGAAGUUCUUCCUCACACUUUAAAAAAAGAAAAAAAAAACUUGAAUAAAAGGAA